UUAUCGUUUGUCAGUUUACAAAAUUGUUAAAACCACGAGGUGUCGGUGUUUUGAUUUUUAUGAAUGCGUUUUUAAUUAUAUUAUAAUUUAAAACUAUUUUUCCACUAAAUUAAUUUAUUAUUAUUAGAUAAAUAUGCCGUCUAUGAAGAAAGCAAAAUUUAAACAACCCAAAAUGCGUCAGAAAAGAGCAAAAAAAGAGGAAGAACCUCAAAUCAAUUCAGAUUCAGAAGAUGAAAUGGACACCGAAGGACAUAAAAAAUCGUUGGAAAAGUUGAAAACAAUUGAUCCAGACUUUUACAAUUUCCUCGAAGAAAAUGACGAGAACCUUUUGAACUUUGAAGCAGAUUCUGAUGAUGAUAAUUCAGAGAAAGCCGAGGAUGACGAGAAUGAGGACCAAUUACAUGUACCUGGAGCAAUUACAGGCGACAGCGAUGAGAGCGAUUUUGAAGAUGAAAAAUCUAAACCAGUGCACGGUCGAAUCACACUGAAGAUGGUGUCACAAUGGCAAGCAGAGUUACAGAGUGAGGGUAAAAUUAAGCUAGCAACUUUAACUACAGUUAUAAAAGUUUUCAAUGCUGCGAUGUUGAGAGCCACAAGUGAUGAUGGCGCAUCUAAAGGGGAAUAUAAAGUUGAAGGUUCAUCAAUCUUCAACUCUGUAAUACAAAUGUGUGUAUUAUACUUACCAGCUGCAAUUAAAAAGUACCUAGGCACCGAACAGUCUGGCAAGGACCCAAAGAAAUGCAAACACUAUGUGAAAAUCAAGGGACCAUUGCUUGCAUACCUCAAAGAUUUGUUGAAACUUCUGAGCAGUGUAACGUCUGAAAAUAUUUUGACCGUACUACUGAAGCAUUUGCAUCAAAUGUGUGUUUAUGUUGCCUGUUUUACGAGCAUAUCGAAACAAGCACUGAAAAAGUUGAUAUCUCUUUGGAGUAACAGUGAGGAGACUGUGCGAGUUCUCGCAUUUUUAUGCAUUUUGAGGAUAACUAGGAAUCAACAAACUGCACUGUUAGAUUUAGUGUUGAAAGCUAUGUAUUUGACGUACGUUAAAAAUUGCAAGUUCGUUAGCCCUUCAACUUGGCCGGGAAUAAAUUUCAUGAGGCGUUCAUUAGUGGAAAUGUUUGCACUGGAUUUAAAUGUGUCAUACCAGCAUGUGUUUUUAUAUAUAAGACAAUUGGCUAUACAUUUACGUAAUGCGAUUGUUGUACAGAAAAUUGAGAACAGACAAGCCGUUUAUAAUUGGCAGUUUGUGAAUUCUUUACAUUUAUGGGCAGAUUUGAUAUCAGCCACAUCAAAUAAACCUCAGUUGCAGCCAUUAUGCUAUCCUCUUGUGAUGGUGAUAACAAAUACAAUAAAACUGGUGCCAACACAUCAAUAUUAUCCACUAAGGUUUCACUGUGUUGAUAUACUCAUAAGCCUUUCUAAAGAGACCAAUACAUUUAUACCGAUACUGCCAUUUUUGGUAGAGGUAUUAACCUCAUAUGAUUUCAACAAAAAACAUACGAAAGUUUCAAUGAAGCCUUUAGAUUUCUCAUGUGUGCUGAGGUUAGCAAAGUCACAGCUGAUGGAGAAUGGAUUCAAAGACUCUGUGAUCGAGAGAGUGUACGGCCUACUUCUGGAGUACACUGCCAAUGAAUCCCAUUCUAUUGCUUUCCCAGAUAUCACAUUAUUGGCUGUUAUUCAGAUUAAACAAUUCCUCAAAUCAUGUUCAGUAUCAAAUUACACUAAGAAAAUGCGGCAGUUGUUAGAGAAGAUAGAGGAGAACUCAAAAUUCAUUGAGAAGGAGAGAGCUAAAAUCAGCUUUGCUCUCAGCGAAGACAAAAUGAUAGCAGCGUGGGAGGCCAGCAUUAGAGCCAAAGGCACGCCGUUACUUGCGUUCUUUGAAAACUGGAACAAAGUCAACAAGAUACAGAAACGGAAGAAGGUUACCAAAAAUGACGAGAUAGCUGGCGAUCUGCCCGUGAUCAAGAGACCAAAAAUUCCAGAAACUGAAGAAAAAGUAAAGAAACCAGAAAACAAAGGACCCUUAGUACUAUUCCCUUCGGAUAGUGAAGGUGAAGAGGAUCAGUUUAAACUGAAAGAAGAAACCGAAGAGCCUAAACCUAAGAAAGUGAAAAAGAAGGUCAAUAAAAAGAAAGUACAGAAGGAAAUAUUGCCUGAACUAGAUGUGCCGGAUAAAGAAGAUGUGGUUAAGGAUUUCAGUGUCAAUGACUGGUGAUUGUUGAAUGAUUAUUAUUAUUAUUAAUAAUAUUAAAUAAAAUUUCACUCAUGUA